AUGACCGACUUUGUAGCCACUGUUCCGUUUCUCCCCGGUUUCCCGUUACCCCCCGGUAUCCUCGGCAAACGUUUCCCGGACCGCGGGCUCUGUGACGAGGCGGACCCCAGCGGGGGACCGGGAGAGGGGGGUCACCCACACCAAGUUCGAGGGGCUCGCUCUGCGCGGCUCGCGGAGGACCGCCCCGCGGAUGAUCCCAGAGUCACCCUGGAGGCGGGUGGUCUGUGGGGGGAGUUCCAUCACAUGGGGACGGAGAUGGUCAUCACCAAGUCCGGGAGAAGAAUGUUUCCUCCGUUCAAAGUGACCGUCCGCGGGUUGGAUCCCGGCUCCAAGUACAUCCUCCUGAUGGACAUCGUGGCGGCGGACGACCGGCGCUACAAGUUCAACCACUCGUGGUGGACGGUGGCGGGCCAGGCCGACCCGGAGAUGCCCAGACGGAUGUACAUCCACCCGGAGAGCCCGUCCACCGGAGACCAGUGGAUGUCCAAGCCGGUGGCUUUCCACAAGCUCAAACUCACCAACAACACGUCGGAUAAGCACGGAUAUACCAUUCUGAACUCGAUGCACAAGUACCAGCCGCGGUUCCACAUCGUGAGGACCAACGACAUCCUCAGGCUGCCCUACAGCACCUUCCGCACCAUCGUGUUCCCGGAGACAGAGUUCAUAGCCGUCACCGCCUACCAGAACGACAAGAUCACGCAGCUGAAGAUAGACAACAACCCAUUUGCUAAAGGCUUCAGAGACGCAGGAAACGGAAGACGAGAGAAGAGGUAA